AUGAAGAUCUUCCUGGGAUGGGACAAUAUUAUUGCGUANUUGUAUUUUCUUGACUGUUGGUCACGGGAUGACGCUGUAUAUGAAGAGCUUCAGAAGCCGGAGUGUGAUAAGAAGCUCUUGCCCGUAGAUGAAGAUCUUCCUGGGAUGGGACAAUAUUAUUGCGUACACUGCGAUCGGUACUUUGCAAAUGUGGCGGUGAGGGAUGAACAUUUCAAGUCGAAAAGGCACAAGAAGCGUGUGAAGCAAAUGAUGGGGCCUGCACCACAUACCCAACUUGAUGCUGACCUAGCUGCUGGAAUGGGUAUGCCAGAUAACGGCCCAAAGCUAAUGUCAAUGUGA